AUGGUUGGUGUUGGCAUUCUUUACGCCACAACAGAAGCAAAAGUCGUGCGCAACUUUCUGCUUGCCUGCGCCAUUGCCGACGUAGGCCACCUGUACGUUACGUAUGCAGUAAUGGGUUACAUGGACUUCAUAGAUGUGCAAGGAUGGAACUCAAUGGCGUGGGGCAAUAUUGGGGUUACGCUUGGGCUUUUUCUGACCAGGGUACUGUACUUGACGGGUUUUUUGGGGCAGGAUAAAGUGGUCAAUAGCACGAAGAAGACAAUCAAGAAAAAUAUAUAG